AUGAAAUUUCUGCCCACUAAAUUUGCAAUGAAAGAUUUGAAUUUGUUAUUGAGUUUCCGCGAACAUUUUGGGGGGUUUCUUAUCCAGUUAAAUUCAUCCAAUAUAUUGCCAUUUUGUUUAAGAAUUGAAUUUCUUACCAAUUUUACUUUUCUUCUAGCUAUGGAAGAGACAACGGACUGCUCUAAACAGUAUGAGGUCUUUAAAACCGAUAUUGAAAAUCGCACCCACGACCUAAUGGAUCACUUAGAAAGCUCACGUGGUUCUUUUUGGCAAAACCUUCAGGCUUGUAGAGAAUAUGUGAUAGGACAAAUUGAUCGUCUUUUUACGGAACUGGAAAAACAAGUUUUGAAUGAGCAAAAGGAAAUCGAUGACAAGGCUCAAGAAUUUGGAAUGGAAAUAAUGAGUCUUUUUGAUAAAAUUGGAUCUUGUGUAUCUACGAUUGGCUCGUGUAAGAAAACUUUACAAACUCUUUCUACAGGAGGUCGUGCCAACGAAGACUAG